AUGCGACUAGAUUUUGACACAUUCGGUUGUUUGUACCUUUUUGCAAUUCCUUUCGUAGUACAACCGUUUCUUUCGUGUUGGUUGACUCCUUAUGUUAAUGAUGAUGAAGUGAAUGGAUACGUUGACGAGAGAUUUAGGACAGUUUUAGAUGCGUUUCGAAGAAAUUUCGGACAAGGAGAGGAACGAGAAGGUGCUGCGUUUGCUGUUUACUACAAAGGAAACGAAGUAGUCAACUUAUGGGGAGGAUAUGCGGAUAAGGAAUCUAGGAGGAAGUGGACAGAAAAUACAAAAACUGUCAUGUUUUCUGCAUCAAAAGCGAUCAGUUCCAUUGUGAUUGCUGUAAUGGUAGACCGUGGGCUACUAAACUACGAGGAUCGUGUAGUUGACUAUUGGCCAGAAUACGGACGAUACGGAAAGAAUGCAACAACUGUUGAAGAUGUUCUCAGUCACAAAGCCGGACUCCCUUAUCUCAGUGACACAGUUUCUAUUGAAGAUGUCAAAAAUGGGUGGGAAAUAAUGAAGAAAGUUGAGAACUCCGUGCCUGCUUGGACACCUGGAACUGCAUCUGGUUAUCACGCUGUUACUUUCGGUUUUAUUUUAGACGGAUUAGUGAGGAAAGCAGAUCCACGGGGAAGAGAUAUCAAAACAUUCUUCGAAGAAGAAAUUGCGGAACCUUAUGAUCUCGACAUUCAAAUUGGCGCCAAAAAAUCGGAAGCUCCGUAUCUUGCUCGUCUAACUACGCCAUCUCUUUGGGAAUUCACGAGAGACAUCAUUAAGGACCCAAAAAUUCUGAUUAUGUUAGGACUGAUGUACGUGAGAUUCGACACUGUGGUGGACAAGAUGAGAUCGAAUCCUGAUUGGUUGCUGGUUAACUACGACACAAUGGUACUCAAUGAUCCAGAAAUUGUAUCUCUGAACCUGCCAGCUGUGACAGCUGUAGCUAAUGUACGAGAUGUCUCAAGGUUAUUAUCAAUGAUUGUAGAGAAGGAAAUAAUCUCCAACACAACAGUUCGAGAAUUAUCAAAACCUACUCUAAACAGUUGGCAUUUUGAGAAAGUUACAAUUUGGCCAGUCAUUAAAGGACAUGGAUUCUUCUAUGAGAAGCAUCCUCUAGUACCGGGCGCAUUCACUUUCGGACACCCGGGUUAUGGAGGACAAUUUGUUCACAUGGACACUGAAUCUCAAAUUGCUAUUACCUACCUUUCAAACGGAUUAAAAACUGGAACGGGAGAGUUGUGUGGUACCUACAUGAGACUAUUCAAUGAGGUGUAUAAUAGUGUGAGGAAGAUUCAGAACGAGGAGAACGGAUCAAUAAUGUUUUGA